GCACUCAAUAUGGCUUCCGUUAAGUGGAAGGGCAAAACUAAACUGGCUUCGUACAUUUCUUAAGUGUUAAAUCGGGCGAAUUUAAUAGUUUUACGUUAUAAUGAUGUAUAAAAUGAACAGUGAUUGUUUUCAGAUAAAACAACAGUAUGUAGAACUUUCGUGUUACUUCGGAAGAUGUAUUAAGUGAUUUAGUUGAUGUGAUCAGUGUACUUUGUAAUGUGAUGUUUUUUUACUUCUUUCAAAAAGUGACAAAUAUGGCCUUCCCUGUGAGUGAUUGUAAAGUUGUGUAGAGUUUUCAAGGAGUGAUUAGUCCAUCGUGGAAUAGUAAUAGUAAAUAUCUGCUACCAUACCACUAACUCUUAGGACAGUUGAGGACGUUAGAUUUUUAUUGUGUGCUAAUCUUAAAAACAAACUAGCCAAAAUCAUUUAAGUUUAAAAUAGGCUUAGGCCUAUUGUCAUCAUAAAUCUUAUAAAUAAAUGUGGACCUUUGUAAAUAUAUUUUAGAUAAACUGCACUAGCUUAAUAUCAAGUCAACUUAAGUGCUUUAAAAAUGUAAUUUAAUCUGCAUAUGAGGACCAAAGUGUAUCAUAAAUGUUCUAAUUUUGAUAGAUUUUUAAGAACAGUAAUAUGGUGGACUUUAAGAUUUACAACAACUGGCCAAACCACUGUCGAGAUAAUGAUCUGAUGUGGUAAGUGUUUGCCAGCAUUUAUCUCUUUAACUGUGAAACCUGUGCGUGAUUUGGAUUACACACGUGUUCCGGCCUUCAGAUGUUUAGACCACAUCGGUACGGCGUGGACCGAGAUCGCAUGCGGGAGAAGGAGCGCCAGGCCCGCGCGCAGAUGUCCUCGGCCGCUGAGCGCGAGGCAGAUGCUGCAGGCCCUCUGUUCGGCGGUCCUAUCAGGGUAAACCCCAGCCACAACGACAAGGUGAGCCAGCAGGUGAGGGGGACACUGGGAGAGUACGAGAGUGUGAAGCACUUGCUGGAAGAGCCAGGAAGACUACUGGGUUACGACGGUGUACCACCCCCCAGUCCUGCCCCUGUCAUGCCACCAAGCCCUCGCCUCCACCAACCUGCCCCUGCUCCAGCCCCUACACCUUCCCCACAGGAGUUCAAGAAGCCCAAGACUGCAGGUCACAGUCAACAACACUCAAACCACCAUCACAAUCACACAAAUGCUCAAAGGGGUGGAUUUGUGAAACCGGCAGAUGGUAAACCUGCAUAUGGAGGACGAGGAUUCUAUCCGGGACAACCCGUGAAGCAUGGGUCCACCGGAGGUGGCAGUGGAGACCACCGUACUAACGGUCUUGUGCCGAGCAAGGGACCGCCUGCCAGCAACCCCUUCCGCACCAUCCACCAGCACCCCCCUCGCCCGCUACCACGCCUCAAUGUCGACAACUCUGGUCAGAGUCUGGCCAGAGCCCCCGGAGGAAGCAUUGGAGGUGGAAGUGCAGUAGAAGUGGAGAAAAUACUUAAGGAAAUGACACUCCCCCUGACCCCAUUGACUGCUAUCGCAGCUACGCCUCGCAAAGAGAUUGACAAGUUUAACUUCAACCCUGUACUCAAUCAGAUCUCAGAGAGUGUGCCACCACCGCCUACUCGUCCUAUUUCUCCUGCCUCCCUGGCAUCGAUGGCAGCUCCACCCACCCACAAGAAGAGAAGUGGCACUCUUCUCAGCAGCUCCAAUGGACUGCCACUCGCCACCGGCAAGAAACAUCCCCAUUUCCCCCCGUUAAAUUUAGAGCGUGAUCUUUGCCUCUCUGACGAUAGCGAUGAGGAGGACAAUCACAAGCCGGCUCCUGCAGUCAGCACCAGGGACAAGCUGCCCAUCGCAGUGGUGCCUCCAGUGUUCCACCACCUUCCACCACCUCCGCCCCCGCCACCUUCCACUAGUCCCAUCAUCGACAAGCCCCUGCUGUCUCCGGCUAUAAGUGAGCUGCUGUCUCCUCACACGCAGCUGCCAGAGCCCAUGUCUCCUGUGGCCCAGUCAUCCUCCAGCGAAGGUGACUCCGGUAGCGAUUCCAGUGAGAGCGACUCCAGCAGUGAAGUUCCUCCUGCCAUGCCCCCCACAACAGCACCCUUGCCCCCUGUUGAGGAGCCCCCACCCAGAUGGAAUCUGGAGAGGUUCCUCACACCAUCUCUACCUGCUCCACACAAUGACAACAAGUCUACUCAGGAGAAUUCAAGUAAACAGAAGAACGAGGAUGACUCUGAGCUUGAGAGUGUGGAGGCACUAGCCAAGACUCAACCCCUGAUAUCCAGCAUGUCCGAUUCAGAGGCAGACAGCAAACGGGUGAACAAGGAACCAGCGAGGCGUCGUGGUCGACCCACUAGACGGUCCAGGGUUUCAAAACCUACUGUUAUCCCACAAAGUGAUAGUGACGAAGAGCCCCCGGCCCGGGGCCCUAGGACUCCCCCUAGAGUGCGGCGACCUCCAUACACUCCACCAUCACCUCCCGGCAUGUCUGAUAGUAAUUCACCACCUAGACCUAGGGGUAGGCCCCCUCGCACUCCUCCUAGCCCACCCCCAGAUGAUCGACGCCGCAAAGAAACUAAACCCAAGCGAGAAGCCAAGUCGCCAAUAAAAGUAAAAACAGAACCAGUUGAGAAACUACCAAAGAAACGUGGAAGAAGAAAGCAAAUACCAAAGCUUCCUCCAGUGUAUUCUGAGUCAGAGGAAGAAGUUGUAGAGAAGAAAAAAGCUGUAAAGAGAGCUCCCAGUUCCAGUGAGAGCGAAAAUGAAGCAUGGGGGUUUGCUUCACCUGUAAAGAAAAGACCUCUGAAAGAGAGCUCUACGGAAAGGAAGAAGCGAGACUCUUCAAGAGAAGGGAAGAGGACAAAGAGGAUAAGCAAACCUACUGUCACAUCAGAUAGUUCUGAAGAUGAAGUGCCGAAUAAAUCCGUUUCUUGCUCUCCGAUUAAACCUGUGUCGAGAGUUCCUCCAGCACCACCUGCAGGCAAGAGAGCCCCGAGGAGUAUGACUCCUGAAAGUGGGCCAGAAAUUAAGAAAGAAGAAAGCCCUCCAAAAUUGGACUUUGAGGGAAAUGUUGUUGCUGAUAAAAAGAAAAAUGACACCCUUAGAAAGCUGUUUUCCAUAAAAAGGGAUGGUGAAACAGGAGGUAAGGGUGGAAAAGGAGGUAAAGGUGGCAAAGGAGGUGGAAAAGGUGGGGGUAAGUGUGGUGGGAAAGGUGGGAAGGGCGGGAAGGGAGGCAAGGGAACUCCUGGAGUUAUAGUGGUAGAAUGCAACAGUGAAAGGACGUCAGUGUCACCCCUCAGGGAGAGAUCCCUCUCCCCUCCACCUCCUCCUCCUCCUCCUAUCAUGGAACGUAUUCCAUCAAUUCCUCCUCCUAGUCCUGUAAGGGAAUUUCCCAAACCAAAAUCUAAAUCUGAACCCUUCCCUGUGUCGCUAAUGUGCCGAAUUGACCUGAGUCGGUUAAGUCAUAUACCGAGUAAAAGACGGUCUGAAGAAGUGAGAACAAGAACUGAAAUGCCCGAUACAAGGCAAGAGGAGAAAAAGAGUAAAAAAUCGGAUAAACAUAAAAGUAGAAGUGAAAAAAAGAAAAUUAAAAGUGAAGUACCUCCAGCACCUGAAGCUCCCCCGCCUUUACCCCCUGUGACAGCACCUGUGGAGCAUCGCAAGUGGCCGAGCCCAGAACACAUACCCCUCGAGACUGAGACCACUCCCUUGCCAAAUGCCACAAUGGUGAAGCGUGAGCGAAGGCCCAGUGUCAGUUCCUCCUCUUCUCGGGAUUCUCGGGACAGGUACAAGAAUAAACGCAAGAAACCUGAAACUGGCAAGCAUUGCUCUAGGAUGGAGUCAGCUCCGUCACUGCCCCCCACCAACCAUGAGCGGCAAGAACCUUCUCGUGUCUACUACUCUUACUUUGAAGUUGACGAGACUGAGAUGUCUGAUACUAAGACACAGGACCAGUACCUGCAGGAGGCCAAGAGACUGAAACACAUGGCAGACAAAGAGUCUAACCAGACAGCCCAGUGUAUGCAGUACCUGGAGGCUGUACUGUACUUCCUACUCACUGGAAACACCAUGGAGAAUGAGAGACCUGCCAACGAGAAGGCUCCCUACACCAUGUACAAGGAUACUCUCAACCUUAUCAAGUACAUCUCAAGCAAGUUUCGAAGUCAAGGUCCCCAGUCAUACUGCAGCCUUCACAAUAAGCUGGUGGUUUUAAGCCUACGCUGUCAAUCGUUGUUACAUCUAAAGCUUUUCAAGAUGUGCAAGGCAGAAGUGAAGGAGAACCAGAAAGCACUCUCGGAGUACCUCCAAAAGGUGAGGAAAAAUAGGGCUAAUCCACCGACUACUUUGGAGGCAUGUGGUGGUGGCCAAGGCACCCCCUCUCCUCUGUCACCUACCCCUUCACCAGCAGGCUCUGUGGGUUCGGUGGGUUCUCAGAGCUCUGGCUACAGCAGUGGGGCUCCCCCUGCCCUGGGACCCUUUGUCCCCGUACCACCUCCCAUCCACCGCGACAUGCAGCGUCAGAACAAUCACUUCAACACCGUGGUCGCCAGCUUCGAUCUUUGGGAACAGGCUGACGCUCUUGUUUACAAAAACAAGCAUAAAGAUUUUUUCAUAGAGCUGGAUCACAGCUGUGGGCCAUUGACACUGCACAGCUCACUUAUACACCUUGUCCGCUAUGUUCGCCAAGGCAUCAGCAGGCUCAAGCAGGUCUAAGCCACCCUCGCACAUAGUUACCAUAAUAAUUGCACAACAACAUCUGUGCAGAUCAAUCAAGGGCAUUCUCACAUUUUUUCAUUGAUUAUUUAACCAUUAGGAAUUAGAAAAGUUAAUAUAUUUCUAUGCAUAUUAUUAGGAAGUAAUUAAUAAAAUGAAGGAAUGGGCCCACCAUUGCUCAAAUCAUUUGAAACUAUUAUUAAUUACAUUUUAUUUAUUUUUUUAUCAAUUGUAAUUAUUUUUAGUCUUAUGUAUUACAUUUUAUUGUGCUGUAUAGACUAGAAUAUUCUGAUUAUUUAUUUAUUUUACUGUCACACUUCAGUCUAUUGUCAGUAAGUUGCUAUGAAAUGCCAGCCAGCACCACGUGAUUGUUAAAUUUGAUAUUGUGUGUCGAAUUGAUUAUAAACUUUUUACAACUCCAAAGAAUGUACUAGAUUGAUUUAUUGGAUUGUAAUGUAUGUGAAUAUGUGUGAACUGAAAUCUUAUGAUUAUUAAACUGAGUAACAUCCUG